UCCUCAAAGCAUGAAGUUUGGUGAGCAUUGCAAGGAUUCAAAACGCUUGAAAAUCUCCAAAGGAUAUACUCUUUCAGUUCAAGUAGUUUUUUUUCUACCGAUCCUGAUUUAUUCCUUGGCCAAUGAAGUCUUCUCAUCCUGUGCCGGAGACUCCUUUUGUGUGUGCAAGGAUCACCAAGUUGGAGAAUUAGUUCCGAACUGUGACGAUUGCUCAAGCUACUUUGUUUGUGGAAAUGAUUCUAUUAAUUUAGUAAAGUGUGACCCAGGACUCAUCUUUGAUAUAAACGUAAAUGCCUGCAUACCGGGAAAAUGUCCCCGAGUGGAUGGCGAGUGCCGUGUUCCUGAUCCAACAACUCCACCUCCUCCAGGAACCGAUCCCUGUUAUACUUCAAGUGUGAACUGCACCUUUCAUGGCCAGAUGCUUCCGAAUGAUCAGCACUGUCGACUCUUUUGGAUCUGUGUGGAGAAAUGUCCAGCUGUGGGCUUCUGUGAGCCCGGAACAUGGUUCGAUCGAGAGCUUUUAGUGUGUGAUUUUCGUGAAAAUGUAAAGAACUGUCCAGUUAAUACUGACUAAAUUACCAAUUAUUCAAAAUAAAAACAUACAUUUUAACCAAUGCACUCUAAAAGUGUAUCUUAUGCAUUUCGAUCGCCACAUCUAUAAAUUGAG